AUGGAGAACAUCCCGCGGGAUGUGGUUCCAGCCGCCCGCGUGCUGGGCGCCAGCUGGUUCCAGGUGUUCUUCCGGGUCAUUCUGCCGCUCACCAAGGAAGGGCUGGUGAUCGGAGGCACACUUGUCUUUACCGGAGCGCUGACAGCCUAUAUCACCCCUGCCAUUCUCGGAGGAUCGAAAGUCCUGAUGUUGGAGACUUUGCUCUACCAGAAGGUCAACGUGUCGAAUGAUUUCGUAUCGGCAAGCGUCAUCGCCAUGAUCCUCAUUGUCAUGUGUUUUUCGGCCAAUCUGACCAUGUCCCGCCUUACAAUCUGGCUCAUCCUGGGCACAACGCUCACUUUCCUGAUCGGGCCUUUUCUGAUCGUCAUUUUCGCAGGAGCCUCUGCGGGGGAAACUCUGACCUUUCCUCCCCAGGGCCUGUCGCUCAAGUGGUACGCCAAGGUCUUCACGGUGGAGAGCUUCCGAGACAGCUUUGCAUUGUCGAUGUUCCUUGCGAUCUUCGGCACGCUGACGGCCCUGCUGAUCGGCAUCCCGGCCGCCUAUGCGCUCAAUCGCUACAACUUGCCCGGAGCCGAGGCCAUCCGGACGAUUGUUGCCGCACCCAUCAUCGUUCCGGGGAUUAUCGUGGGUCUCGCGCUCUUGCGCUAUUUCGUCGUGCCGCUUGAUGUGACAAUCACCAUGGCACUUUUCGUGACGCACACCGCGCUGGUCCUGCCCUAUGCGGUUCGUGUCGUCUCGUCGAGCCUCAACAACCUGCGUGCGGACAUGGAAGAAGCGGCUGUUAUUCUUGGCUGCACGCGCUUUCAGGCAUUUGUCAAAGUCGUUCUGCCGAAUAUUCGCGGCAGUAUCCUUGCAGCCUUUAUUCUGGGCUUCGUGACCAGCUUCAAUGAAGUGCCGGCCUCGCUCUUUCUGUCCGGGCCGGGGGUGCGCACCCUGCCGAUCGACAUGCUUUCCUACAUGGAAAUCACAUUCGAUCCUUCCGUAGCGGCUCUCUCGGCUCUAUUGGCCUUCAUGUCGGUUGCCAUCGUCUUCACGGUCGCGGUGCCGGAGCUGAACCUGGAUAUCCGAAAGGGUGAGCUGAUUGCGCUUCUCGGUCCUUCGGGAUGUGGCAAGACAACCACCAUGCGGGCCAUUGCAGGGCUCCUCGCUCCGACAAGCGGAAAAAUCAUGAUCGACGGUGCGGAUGUAACCCGGACACCAGCGAACAAGCGUGGAAUCGGCCUCGUUUUCCAGUCCUAUGCGCUAUUUCCUCAUCUCAGUGCCUUCGAGAAUGUUGCUUUCGGGUUGCGGCUCCAGAAGCAGCCCGACGCACAAGUCCGUGCCAAGACCGAAGCCGGCAUGGCGACUGUCGGCCUGACAGGCUUCGAAACGCGAAAGCCUUCUGAAAUGUCGGGUGGCCAGCAGCAGCGAUUGGCGCUGGCCCGGUCGCUCGUAAUGGAACCGAAAGUUCUGCUGCUCGAUGAGCCUCUGUCCAACCUGGACGCACGCCUGAGACUUGAGAUGCGUAACGAGUUGCAGCGGGUCCAGAAGGACACCGGGAUCACAAUGGUCUUUGUCACGCAUGAUCAAUCGGAGGCACUGGCAUUGGCCGAUCGUGUGGUGCUGAUGAAGGACGGCAAGAUAGAGCAACUGGGGACGCCUGCAGAACUCUAUGCCGAGCCCAGCACCGCGUUCGCGGCGAAUUUCAUGGGGUUUGAGAACAUCUUCCGCCUGGAGGGUGCGGACCUGGUCUCGGAUCACGGCCGGUUACCCUUCGGCACCGAAGCUGCGGUCCCGUUACUGGCCUGGCGGCCAGGUGAUCACCGGGAAUAUGUGAUCGACAGUCCGUUGGGUCAGAUUAAGGCGGACGCUUCCAUCGAUCUCCCUGAGGUUUGUGCCAAUGCCAUGGGAGCCAAAGAGGCCUAUGGCUUCGACUGGCCUGUCUGGCAAGGCGCUGAUCGGCCGCUGAAACGCCUGCCGGAGACCGCCGAACGCAUACUCGGCCCCACCGGAAUGCGGAGCCGGGGAGCCAGGUUGCCGGUUUCCAGAUCCGGUGCACCGCCCAAGGGCGCACCGGACGCGAUGCGGGAUUGGCUUCAGACUGCCAAUGACGCGAAAUGCCGGAUUUUGGCUCUCGGUCCACUCACGAAUAUCGCGCAGCUCGUGACGCAGUCACCCGAGGUGACAGACCGGAUCGAACGAUUGGUCUGGAUGGGGGCAAGUGCGGGCGCGGGAAACCAUACGCCCAUGGCCGAAUUCAACGCGGUGGCCGAUGCCGAAGCAUUGGAUUGUGUCCUUGCAUCCGGUCUUGCAGUCGACAUCGUCGACCUUACGUUUUGCCGAAAGGUGACUUUCGGACCGGAAGAUAUGCCCGAGACAGAUGAGUUGACCCGCGACCUGCUGGGAGGCUACCUCGAUAUCGCGCUGGAGCGUGCUCGCCCGGGCAUGGCGAUUUACGACCCUCUUGCGGCACUGGCUGUGGCGAAUCCGGACAGUAUCGGCUUUUCGUCCUGCAAGAUUGAGGUGUCGACGGAAACGGACGAAAGCUAUGGGGCCACCAAGGGCCAAGGUCCCUUCGACCUUCUGAUUGCGAACACGCGUUUGCUGGACAUGGUCACGGGCCGCGAACGUGACGCGGAUAUUGGCGUGACAGGAGGGCUCAUUGCCAGCGUGCAUUCUCCGGACAGGGCGCGUGAGGCGCAUGCCUUCUUGGAUGCGGUUGGCCGUUUCGCGGUCCCGGGUCUGAUAGACACGCACAUGCAUGUGGAAAGCUCCAUGGUGACCCCGGCUCAAUACGCGGCAGCCGUGGUUCCACGAGGCGUCACAACAGUGGUUUGGGAUCCGCACGAAUUCGCGAACGCCUGUGGUCUUGCAGGGGUCGACUACGCGGUUUCGGCAGGCAGGGACCUACCGCUUCGCUUUCUGACACUUGCGCCAACCUGUGUUCCCUCUGCUCCAGGUUUCGAGACGUGCGGUGGCGACUUCGGCCCGGAGGUGCUCUCGGAACUGUUGACCCGCGAAGAUAUCCACGGCGCUGCGGAGCUGAUGACAAUGCAGCCUCUGCUCAGUGGCAAUCCCAGGGUCAAGGGCAUCGUGAAUGCGGGACUGGCAAGCGGAAAGAGGGUCUGUGGACACGCACGCGGCCUUGAGGACGGCACCCUGGCAGCAUAUGCGGCGGCAGGCGUCGAGAGCGACCAUGAGCUGACAAGCGCGCAGGACCUGAUUGCGCGGCUGGAAGCGGGUAUGACGGUUGAACUUCGGGGCUCCCACGAACAUCUCUUGCCGGAAUUCACGGAGGCAAUUCUGGAGCUGGGUCAUCUUCCCCAGACACUCACUUUUUGCACCGACGACGUUUUUCCCGAUGACCUGGCCAAUCAUGGCGGGCUGGACCAUAUGGUCAGGCGCAUGAUCGGUCACGGGCUUCCGCCUUCAUGGGCUUACCGCGCGGCGACACUCAACGCAGCGACGCGUAUCCGGCGUUCAGAUCUGGGACUUGUCGCACCAGGAAAACGUGCCGAUAUCGCACUCCUCGACGACAUCGAGCGCGUGAAAGCCAGUCUGGUAGUCGCAGACGGUGUCCUGGUUUCCGAGGGCGGCAAGAUGGUCAGGCCUUGUCUCGCGGCUGCUCCUCCAGUCGCGCUCAGGAACUCAGUUGCGGUCCGUGAACUGCGGCCCGAUGAUUUUGAGGUUGCCGCCAAGGGAUCAACAGCUGAGAUCGCAACCCUCUCCAAACCAAGGUUUCCCGCUUGGGGUGCUCGAACGGUGGAUGUAAAGGCAGGGAUAUUGUCGCUUCCCGAUGACAUGAUCCGCAUGGCUAUCGCCAACCGGUACGGUCGAAACCUGCCCGUGCGUGUGGCAUUUCUGGAAAACUGGGGAACAUGGCGCGGCGCAUUCGCGACAACCGUUUCUCAUGACAGCCACAACCUCACCGUCUUCGGUUGCGAUCCGGUCGACAUGGCGCUGGCCGCAAACACGGUCCGCUCAUCGAAUGGCGGGUUGUGUGUCGUCUCCGACGGCAAGGUGCUUGGGCAUCUUGCCCUUCCCCUGGCAGGCCUUGUCAGUGAGGCGCCACUUUCAGAGACGGCCGAAAGCUUUGCCGCUUUGCGCCGGUCACUCGACACGUUGGUCGACUGGGAGCCACCCUACCUUGUUUUCAAGGCGCUCUUUGGAGCAUCUCUCGUUUGCAAUGCCGGUCCACGCCUGAGCGAUGUCGGCAUUGUUGAUGUCUUCAAUGAGCAGAUCCUUGAGACACCCGUUAUUCCGGCAAGAUCUACCCCGAUGCACGCACAAGAACGUCCCUGA